AUGGAGACCAAUUGGGCUACAGCUGAAGCAGCUAGGGUUGAGGUACUUGAUGAUUAUAGGGGCUUGUCAGAGUUCAGAAAAGGGAAUCCUCCUCAAUUUACAGGUGUUGAUGGACCUGAAGUUGUUGACCAGUGGAUUGAAAAGAUGGAGAAAAUCUUCAUGGUGAUGCAUUGUCUUGAGGAGAGGAAGCUAGUUUAUGCUGUUUAUAUGUUGGUGGGUGAGGCUAGCUUCUGGUGGAAAGAUAGUGCCAGGUAUGCUAAGGAAGCUGAGUUUUUGAGACUGCAGCAAGGAAAUAUGUCAGUACAAGAGUAUGUGGUCAAGUUUGAACACUUGGCUAGAUAUUAUUCUCAAGCUAUCACUGAAGCCUGGAGAUGUAGGAAGUUUAGUGAAGGUUUAAGGUAUGAGCUGAAGAAGACUAUUGUUCCUAUGGGGAUUGUGGAGUUCCCAGUUAUAGUUGAAAUGGAAAAAUCAGUUGCUAGGUUUGAAGGAGGAAAUAGAGUGGCAAAGGGUCCAGAGGGAUCAUCUGGAUUUGGUAGGGGGAAACAUCCCCAAAAGAGACCAUCUCAAUUUCAGAAGGGGAAUGCUAAUAAGAAACCAAUGGGGACUAAUACUAUAGGAGCUGUUCAGAGUGCUGAAGCUGAAACGUCAUCUGAGCUGGUAAAGGGAAAGGGAAAAGCUGAUGGUAAUGAUAUUUCUAUUCUAUUUGAUUCUGGUGCUUCACAUUUUAUUUCUUAUGAAUGUGUGGCAAGGUUAAAUUUGGUUGUGAGUUCCUUGUGUGUGGAUCUAGUCAUUUCUACUCUAGCUUCAGGGAUGGAUUGGCUUUUUGCCAACAAGAUUUUGAUAGAUUGUUCAGAGAAGAGAUUAAUCUUUCCUACUGUUGAACAUGAGAGAUUUAUUUCUAGUGGACAGGUGGAUGGGUUGUUGAAGGGUGGAGCUCUUGGGUUUAUAAUCCCAUCUUUUAUCAAUGUAGAGAAUGAAAAGUUGUUGAAUAGUAUUGUUGUUGUUAAAGAUUUCUCAAAGGUUUUUCCGGAUGAUGUUCCGGGGUUACCACCAAAAUGA